AUGCUAGGACAAUCCAGUUUUGUUUUGGCUAACGAGAACGACAGCACGGGGAGAAACGUCCACGUCCUUUCCUCCGUCUGCCGAAUGGUUCUUGCCCUCCCCGGAAUGUUCAAUACUUUUCAAACAAGAGAGAAACCAGUAAGAUAUGCAUCGAGUCAGAAAACCAUUCCCUCCCGCCAACUUGUCAAACUGUUUCCGAGUGCCAGCAUUUCCACCUGCUUUCUCUCUUUUUCCCCAUCCGGGAACUGGAACUGGAGGCUUCGCUUGCUUUGUUGACUAGUACGUUAAGUAGGGAGCACAGCAUUUGCUGGUUUUUUUGCCAUUUGCUCGAGCUCCAAGACGUCUCUCUUCCUCCGAGAUCCAGAAUAGGUCCCAGCUCGGAAGUUUUCUUUGCCAUUAGUUCCUCGGGAGGCCGAGGUUCUUGAUCAUGGCGGGCAAGAACUCGUUCGUUUUCUUGAUUUUCAUGGGGUUGAGCUGCUUCGGGUUGGUGUGGCUGGCCGAGUCAAGGCUGCCCCAAGCGGAAGUUGAUGCUCUCCACGAGAUCACGAGCACAAUGGGGUCGACAUACUGGGAUUUUGAUGGUGACAAUUGUGAAAUACGAAUGGUUGGGUUAGCACUGCAGCCGCCAGCAGAAGCUGAGAGUAGCAUUGGUUGUGAAUGCAACAUUGGGAACGAUACCUUCUGUCAUGUCGUAAAGAUAGUGCUGAAGUUUCAUAGUCUACCCGGAAUUCUUCCCCCUGAGCUUGCCAAGCUCCCUUACCUCAGAGUGAUUGAUUUUGCUUACAACUGCCUCAGUGGUGAAAUUCCUGAUGAGUUGGGUUCCAUGCAGUUGACAUCAAUCUCUCUUCUUGUGAACCGCUUAUCAGGAGCAAUACCGACAUCAUUGGCAAACAUUACCUCUCUAACAUAUCUGAAUCUUGAAGCCAAUCAGUUCUCUGGUCCUGUUCCUCAAGAGCUUGGGAGUUUAAUCAACUUACAGAAUUUGAUUUUGUCCUCCAAUCAGCUAACAGGAAACGUGCCAACUACAUUUGCCACCUUAGGAAAUCUGACAGAUUUUCGGAUAAAUGACAACAACUUCAGCGGCAGAAUACCCAUUUUUAUCCAAAACUGGAAGCAGCUGAAUAAACUAGAAAUGCAUGCGAGUGGACUUGAAGGACCCAUUCCAUCACACAUUUCUGCCUUGAAUAAAGUAGAGGACCUGAGGAUUAGUGACAUUGAUGGUCCUCUCCAGCUAUUUCCUGCACUGGACAACAUGACAGGCUUAGUGACAUUGGUACUGAGAAGCUGCAACUUAUCUGGGCAAAUUCCCGCAUACAUGUGGAAAUUGCAGAAUCUAGAAUUUUUGGAUCUCAGUUUUAACAAAUUGACUGGGCAAAUUCCGGCUACAAUCAAUUUAAGGCGCAUAAAAUUCAUAUUUCUUACCAGCAAUUUAUUAACGGGAAGUGUUCCGGACUCAAUCCUGAAGGAAGGAACCAGCAUUGAUCUUUCAUACAAUGGCUUCGCAUGGCAAGGUCCUCACCAACCUGCUUGUCGAGAAAACAUGAACCUGAACUUGAAUUUGUUUAGAAACUCCGCAGCAGAAAAUAACUCAGGCAGAGGUGUUCCUUGCUUGGAGAACUUCCAAUGUCCACGUUACUCAAGUUGUUUACAUGUUAAUUGUGGUGGAAAAGAUGCAACCAUCAAGGAAUCUAAGCAGAAGAUCAUCUAUCAAGGAGAUCAAGAUGAAGAAGGUGGUGCUGCAAAAUUCUAUUUAAAUCGUAAUGAGUUCUGGGGAUUCAGUAGCACAGGGGACUUCAUUGAUGAUAACGAUGAACAAAACCUGCGCUAUUCUGUGUAUCUACUUUCCUCAAACCUCACCGUCUUGGAUUCAACGGCACGAACAGCCCCGAUUUCACUGACUUAUUUUCAUUAUUGCUUGGAGAACGGGAUGUACAAUGUGAAACUCAGAUUUGCAGAGAUACAGUUCACUAAUGACAAAACAUAUAACAGCCUCGGGAGGCGGGUGUUUGAUGUUUAUGUUCAGGAAAAGUUGAUUCUGAAGGACUAUGAUAUUGAGAUUGCAGCAGGUGCUGCUCAGAAGCCAAAAGAGGAAGUCUAUAAUGUCAGCGUGACAAAUAAUAUGCUGGAGAUUCGUCUAAUUUUUGCUGGAAAAGGGACAACAAGGAUUCCUAAAAGAGGAUCUUAUGGUCCACUUAUUUCCUCCAUUUCUGUAGUUUCAGAAGUCAAAGGGUGUUCAAGAGGUGGAAAACAAAAGACUGCUUAUGUCACAGUUGGAGCUGGAGUUGGAGCUGGAGCAUUUUUCAUUGUUCUCUUAUCACUCUGUAUACUUAAGUGGAAAGGCUAUUUCCAAGGAAGGACCAAGAGAAGACAAGGCAUGGAAGGACUAGAUCUGCAGACUUGGACAUUUUCCUUGAAACAAAUUAAAGCUGCAACAAAUGACUUCGAUCCUGCAAACAAAAUUGGGGAAGGCGGUUUUGGUGCUGUCUACAAGGGUCAAUUAAAUGAUGGCACUGUAAUAGCAGUUAAGCAGCUCUCAUCGAAAUCGCGACAAGGAAAUCGAGAAUUCCUGAAUGAAAUAGGAAUGAUAUCAUGCUUACAACAUCCAAAUCUUGUGAAACUCCGAGGGUGCUGUAUUGAAGGAGAUCAACUAUCACUGGUUUAUGAGUAUAUGGAGAACAAUAGUCUUGCCCGUGCCUUGUUUGGUCCUGAUCGUCAUCAACUUCAGCUAGACUGGCCCACAAGACAUAAGAUCUGCACCGGGAUCGCUAAGGGUCUCGCCUUUCUACAUGAAGAGUCUAGACUCAAGAUUGUCCACAGAGAUAUUAAAGCUACUAAUGUGCUGCUUGAUCGAGAUUUAAACCCGAAGAUAUCAGACUUUGGACUGGCCAGGCUUCAUGAUGAAGAGAAGACUCACAUUAGCACCAAAAUUGCCGGAACCAUAGGAUAUAUGGCUCCAGAAUAUGCAUUGUGGGGUAAACUCACGUACAAAGCCGAUGUGUACAGCUUUGGAGUUGUGGCCUUGGAGAUAGUUAGCGGGAAAAGCAAUAACAGUAGCCUGCCGAGUGAUGACUGUUUCUGUCUAUUGGAUUGGGCGUGUCGCUUGCAACAGACUGGAAACUUGAUGCGACUUGUCGACCAGAAGUUAGAGACCGAAGUCAACGAAGAAGAAGCGAAAAUCAUGGUCAAAGUUGCUCUUUUGUGCACAAAUGCAUCUCCAUCUCUAAGGCCCACGAUGUCUGAGGUGGUGAACAUGCUCGAGGGAAAAAUGGCCAUACCGGACGUGAUCCCGGAACCGAGCACCUACUAUGAAGAUCUGAGGUUCAAAGCCAUGAGGGACCUCCGCGAGCACAGCCAACAGCAACGUUAUACCGAACGCCAUACCCAGAAUUCCAUGACCAUCAACACGUUGCGGUCUUCAUCAAGCACCUCAAGAGUUGUUUGAUGUAAAUCAAGAUUCUCCCGUAAAAUGCAUGAACAUUAGUUGCCGUGGCAUACCAAUCUUAUGCUUGUCUCAAACAAGCGAAUCGGAAUCCCAUUGCCAUUUCCGAAGAGAAGGUUCCUCGACUACGAUGACUUUGAUUGGUGGAAGCAGAAACACUUGCCGAGGCCUAGUGGCUAGGAAGUCUGGGAUGUGCAAAAGCUGUACAAAUUAGGAAGCAUUGGUGCUUGAAUGGGUGACCCACUUCUUAGUUCGUCACUUCUGUUACCAAUUCAGAUGUGCCCAAAUUAAUGUACAGUGUACUGAAUUACCUGUUUUUUUCAACUUGAUGGGAUGAAAUGAAGAGAUUUGCUAUCAGGUUCAUCAU